GGUCGACUGCCUGUAAAGUGGAUGGCACCAGAAGCUCUAUUUGAUAGAGUUUACACACAUCAAAGUGAUGUCUACAUGAUGAUGAGAGAUUGCUGGCAUGCGGUGCCUUCACAGAGACCUACUUUUAAACAGCUUGUGGAAGAUUUAGAUCGUAUCCUCACACUUACAACUAAUGAGGAAUACCUCGACCUUAGUGGGCCACUGGAACAGUAUUCGCCUAGCUAUCCAGAUACCAGGAGUUCCUGUUCUUCAGGGGACGAUUCUGUUUUCUCCUCCGAUCCCAUGUCUUAUGAACCUUGCCUCCCUAAGUACCAACACAUAAAUGGAAGUGUCAAAACAUGAAAAGAACUUCUGCCAAUUCCACAAAGGAAUGAAACCACAGCAUCUACAGUAUUUACCACAUGAAAAAGAGUCUCUUGCUUUAGACACACACAAGAUUUUCUUGUGCAUAAGAAAAACCAAAAUUGGGGAAAAGUUGCCUAAUUAUUGCAAAAAAGAAAAGCAGUAGCUUGGAACAUCACCCAAUAUUACGAAGAGAAGAAUUUUCAUGGGCCAUUUGUGGAUGCCCAUGAGCAAGUUAGCUCUUCGGCCUGAAGCCAAAACAGCCUUUCUAAAGUCAAUGGACAUGUUGGACUUGAGGCAAACUUCAGACCAGCCUUCUUUGUUAAUUUUGUAAUAUUUUGAGAAAAUAUAUGUUGACACACACUUACAGAGCACAAAUGCAAUAUAUAAGUGCUGGAUGUAUGUAAAUAUAAUCAAAUAUGUACAAAUAUAUAUUAUAUAUUUACA